CAUUAUUCGCGAAUUAUUUAUUUAUUUAUUUAAAAAAACGCGCUAGAAUGACAUUCGUCGUUGCUGUUGUUGCUCUUGAAUGAGAAAAUAUUUUAUAAAUGCAACAAUGCAAAAAAUUAUUAUCGAAAUAAAUCGCGUGAAAAAUUAAAAGAAAAUAAAUAAAAAAAAAUCAGUGAGGAAAAUUAAAACUUGAAAAAAUCGACAAAAAAUAAUAAAAACAACAAAAAAAAUCAAAAUCCGGAAAAUCCGUAGACAAACAAACAGAAAUUGGAUAUACCCUGAAAAAAUUCAUCGCAUUUCGAAAUUAAGAUUAUCAUCACAUCAUAAAAAUGUACAAAAAAGUCAGCUUCUUACUCGUCAUUGCGUUGGCAGUCAUGACACUCGUGUCAGGCUACGACAGCAACAAAGAAAACAAUUUAUUUGACGAAGGACCAGUUGCUGCUUCUUUAGAUGAAAUUGAUCCAGAUGCCCCCCAACUAAACGCCUACAAAGAAUCCUACAUCACGCGUCAGGCUGCCAAGAAAAUCCUAGACAAAAUCAACAACUACCGCGAAUCGCACACACCUGCAGAAUACCAGAAAUUCUUCGAUGGCAUUGCAUUCAAUCAAAAAUCCGGCGUCAACACGUUUUACAACAAAAAAUAUUUCGACUAUUUGCCGACGGACGAAUUGAAAGCAUCCACGUCGGAUGACACGGAAACAUCAUCAUCCACAUCGGACGAAGUUUCAUCAUCAUCGCCCGCAGGUCCUGCUGCUGCUGCAGUAAAUGUCAAUAAACAACAGCAACCAGUUCAGCAAAAGCAGCGAGAGAAUCAUCGGCGAUUCAAGCGAGAUUUAAAUCGCGUGUUUCCUCCCUACUACAUCCCACAACCCCAAAGAUGGUAUCUUCCUGUCCCACCACCAAUGCCAGAAAAUCCCGUUAAUGUCGGUCCACGAGGGCCUUUCAGUGAUUUGUCUGAUGGAUUAAUUUUCGAUUUCCAAUAUGACCCGAUCCGAUCAGGAGUUUUUAGUGGUUGGAAUACAGUAAACGACGCUCCCGUAUCUCAAUGGACAACACCUCGUCCUCAACCUCCCUUCCCCUCAAUCGAUCAAGCAAUUUUCUUCCCUACACAACGUCCUCCGCAAGCCACACGACGACCUUCAGCCCCCCUUACAACCACCCCCCGCCCAUUCCAAGAUGCUUUCACAUCUCUACCGCCAAAUACGGGCAAAAAGGGAACAACCACAGAAGCUCCUUCCCUUUUCCAUUCCAGCGACUACGACGAUGACUUGGAUUUAACAAAUCGCUUUGGAGUUGAACCAAAUGAACCACACAAGUGCACGUGGGCCAUUAUAAAUUGCUGUGGUGGCCAGAAAUCCAAUAAACGUGAACGAUGCUUUAGCAUUUUCGGAUGCGGAAAAUUGAUUAAACGACAACCAGAUACCUGCUCGCCCGACAAAAUUCGCCAAGCCGAAUACGAAAAGGAUAAAUUCUUGAAUUCGAACCGCAAAAAAUGAGAACAAUUUUUGUAAUUUUCACUUUUUUAUGGAAUAUAUAUUUUUU